AUGGGCCUGCGAGACAAGCUCAGAAAGAGCGACGGCAGUCCGGAGCGGCACGACGAGGCUAGGAUGGAAAAGAGCGGAGGUGCCAGCAACAUCAUCGGCCACAACGGAUACGCGCCUGAAUUCACGUUUGUGCGGUCCGACACGGCCUCCAUGGAGGUCAUCCAUCCCGGCGAGGGUGGCAGCAGUCACCACCACCACAACCCCGCCCCCGCACCCCACGACGAUGCCACCGCCGGCGGCGCGCACCUCUCCCCCUCCAAGGAGCCCAGCGGGCUGCGUCGCAGCCUGUCCAUCUUCCACUCGAACCGCUCGCGCAGCACAUCCGUGUCGUCGGCCGCGAGCCACCACUCCACAGCGUCGGGCAGCGGUAGCCGGCGGCGGCGCCUCUCGGAGCGGCUGCACCUGCGGCAUCACCAGCCCGAGUCGUCCGACAGCGUGCCCGUGGACCUGCCGGCCAUUGUGGUCGGGGCGGCCGACGAGGCGCAGUGGGAGCAGCGCGCCACGCUGCUGGCCAGCCAAAACGAAAUUGCGCGCAGCGCUCCCGGGUCCCCUGGCCUAAACGACAGCAUGGCGAGCUUGAGCAUAGCCUCGGCGGUGCCAGAGCACAGUAAUAGUCCGGGGGCUGCUGCGGUGCCGGCUGGGGGUCGGAGCAGGUCAAGGAGCCACUCGUCGGGUGGCAAGACGCCACCGCCCAAGGCAGUGUCGUCGGUCAAGAUUGACGCGGAUAUCCAAGAGGCGAUUCGGCUGCACGAGGAGGGCGACUUGCGGCGGUCGACGGCCAUUUUCGGGCGCUUGGCGGAUACGCAGGGCGCGAACAACCCGCUCAGCCAGGUGUUAUUCGGGCUCGCUUUACGGCAUGGAUGGGGAUGCACGCCAGACACGGAACGUGCCGUUACGUACCUCUCCGCCGCCGCCUCCAAUGCCGCCGCCGUCGAGGAAAUGGCCCUCGAGGCGGGCAUGAAAAAGGGCGGCGCGGCCAAAGGUGAGCUUAUCCUCGCCAUCUUUGAGCUGGCCAACUGCUUUCGCCAUGGCUGGGGCAUUCCCAAGGAUCCCGUCGCCGCCAAGCAGUAUUACGAAACCGCUGCCAACCUUGGUGACACUGAUGCCAUGAAUGAGGCCGGCUGGUGCUACCUCGAAGGCUUUGGCUGCAAAAAGGACAAGUUUGCAUCAGCUCGAUACUACCGCUUAGCAGAAAAGGCAGGCAACAAGACCCUCGGCAACUCAUGGAUUUGGAAGGAAAAGUACGAUCCUGACGAGGACGGCACCGCCAAGAAGAAGAAAAAGUAG